AUGAUGGUCGAAUUUCGCAAUGUGAAUUUAUUACCCUUCCCACUUGCAAAACGAAUAGCAUACUUUCACAGCUUCGUAAUAAUGGAAAGAGACUACAAGAGAUUAGAACAUAAUGGUGCGGAGAUGAGCGGCAAGCGCACACGCAGCUAUAGAUGCGCAGUACACCACCGCGACCGUGAGGUCAGUUCCGAGAACGACUUCCAUCUGCUCCUAGAGGAUCCCACGUUAUUCGCCAGAAUGGUGCACCUAGUAGCGAUGGAGAUGCUCCCGGAGGAGCGGGAUCGCAAGUACUACCAGGAACGGUAUACUUGUUGCCCUCCGCCCUUCUUCAUCAUCUGUGUCACGCUGUUAGAGCUGGGCGUAUUUGCGUGGUACGCGUGGGGCUCGGGCGGCGUGGCGGCGGCGGCCGGGCCGGUACCGGUGGACUCGCCGCUCGUAUACCGCUCCGACCGGCGCCGCGAGCUCUGGCGGUUCCUCACGUAUAGCGUCGUGCACGCUGGCUGGCUGCACCUCGCUUUCAAUCUCCUCGUCCAACUCGCGGUGGGGCUGCCCUUAGAGAUGGUGCACGGCGCGGCGCGGUGCGCGGCGGUGUACCUGGCGGGCGUGCUGGGCGGCUCGCUGGCGGCGUCCGUGCUGGACCCCGACGUGUGCCUGGCCGGCGCCUCGGGCGGCGUCUACGCGCUGCUGGCCGCGCACCUCGCCAACGCGCUGCUCAACUUCCACACCAUGCGCUACGGCGCCGUCAGGCUCGUCGCCGCGCUCGCCGUCGCGUCCUGCGACGUGGGCUUCGCCGUCCACGCUAGAUAUACUAAGGAAGCGCCGCCGGUGUCGUACGCGGCGCACGUGGCGGGCGCGCUGGCGGGGCUGACGAUCGGUCUGCUGGUGCUGAAGCACGCGCAGGCGCGGCUGUGGGAGCGCCUGCUGUGGUGGGCGGCGCUGGGCGCGUGGGCGGCGUGCACUCUGUUCGCGGUGCUGUACAACGUGUUCAGCGCGCCCGUGGACGAGCUGCACUACCUGCCGCCGGACCCGCCGCCCGACCCCGGCUUCUGACGCAGCUCUCCUCUGACCGACCGCAGGCUUUGACUCCGACGCCGACCCACAUCUGAUCCAUUUAUACUUCUGUCCUACUUCCGAGGUCGAAGCCUGAGCCUCAGUUCGCGGCCAGUGCGGUCCACUCACAACGCGCCUAGUCAAUUUACCUUAGUGUGAUUUGCUAUAAGUAGUAUUAUAUUCGAGGAGGUCCCGGUGCCUGAAUGUCAGUAUCUAUACGUUUCGUAUUGUGCUUAUCGAGUCAUUUCUAUGUUCUGUUGAGAUUAUUUUGUCCAUUUUCGUAAUUUCGUUUUACAAUGGCCUCCUCGUGAUACUUAAUUGUUAAGUAGUCUUAAUUGUAUUGAAUAGGUGAACUAUUUUUGUACCUACUAUCAGCGUCCGUAGUGUAUAGAAGAAGGCGUUACCGCGACACAACAAUUUAAUGUUCCCGAGAGGGCUGAUCGACUUUACUAAAUGCAGUACCACGUAAUUUAUUCACAAUCACAGUAGUUGUAUGAGCCACGCUACAUUUAGUAAAGCCAUUCAGCGUAGUUAUGCCCAACACACCAAAGAUUAGGAUAAACAGCGUCCAUGCUAGAGUAGUGGAAGGUUCCUUACUCUCUCCUUGUUUCAAAUUUGAUUAAAUAUGAAUACACAGAUUUUAUUAAAUUGCUCACUGUUAAACAAAUACUAUAAGUAUGCCUCAGUAACAGAUUCUAACGUGAAUAAUUAUUGUUAUUUAAGUAUUUGUGUAAAUUGCUCAAUUGCAAUGAUUAUUUUAAUCAGAAAUGAUUAUAUGCUCAAAAGUGAGUUGUUUUUUUAUUUUAUUGGAUCAAUUAUUUGCUGGUAUAUUAUCGUAACAAUAUUGUUUAUUGUGAUUUCGUCCAGUUGCAUUCGUCACUCGCAUUCGUCCUGUUCUCUAAUUACGAUCCAACGAUAAACUAGUUUCUCACUACUCACUAGUAAAUAGUUUUAUUAUUAAUAAUGUGCCUGAUUCCUAUUAUUGUAAAUUUGAUCGUAUACUUUAAUUCUAAUCAAAUAAUGUCAGGAAACGACUGAGUUUUGUAUUAAUUAUUGCAGAAUAUUUUCUCGUUUAAUUUAUUUUAAAAUUAUUUUAAGUGUGAAUCGGAAUAAUUAUGAUUAUGUGAUUAUAUAAAUGAAAAUAAGAGUGAAUAUAAUUGAGAAUUAUUACAAACUUUGUUUUCUUUGACACCUACGGCUAAAUUAUUGAAUAAAAAAGAAAAACUUCAUUUCAACUUCCAUCAUGUAACAUUUUAUAAACUCAACAAAUUGUUAUAUA